AUGGGGUGCGUUGCGCAGAUGGACAAAAAAGUGGCGGAAAAUUUCACAGCAGCACCGCCUGGGUGGCUCCACCUGGUCACCAGGCUAUAUCACUUGCUUCUGGAGCCUCGAAAGGAAGGUCGUGAUCGCAUCGCGAAGGCGCCUUUUGGGUUGGCCUGUGGGGAAAGCAAGAUGGGUGCCGUCCUUUCGGUCUGUGGCAACGUUUCCACCGCCUUGGUGCUCUUGACCUCCGACGCCUUGUGUUCCCUGGUGCAGACAGCCUCGCAUUGCUUGGUGGAUUUGGUCGAUUUCAUCUGCGGAAGUGGCAAGAACACCGUGAGGAAGAAGAUCGCCUGGCAUGAGCAGCGCUACAGCAAUGCACCCAUCUAUGCAAAUGACAAGCCCAGCAAGGGCGCCAGCCUAGGCGAUUUGGAUGUGGAGAAAACCAUGGCGCAGAGCAAGUUUCCCAUCGCCCCCGAAAAGCUGAUCCAGCGAGCCAAAGAGGUGCUUGCCAGCGAGUUCGGCACAGCGCCCUGGCAAGGGUAG